CGCGGGAGAAGUGGCGGCGCCGGCGGCGGACAGCACCGACUGCGCCCAGGGCCGGAGCCCGCGCCCUCCGAGGUAGGCGAGCGCGGAUACCGGAAAGGUUGAUUGACUUAUGUGCAAUUUGGGACCCUGGAGUUUUCCUUCACGCUGCAGGCUGGAAGAGAGCCUCUGGUACUGCAAGAAGGAGGCUGAAUGAGGCAGAGACGCUUGGCAACUCCUGAGCAAAACGUGGCCGUCAUGAAGCCAAGACUGGAGCCAUUCCAUCCCCACGGUCCUGUCUGAAGGAAUGCUGAGCCUCCUCCCCUGCUAGUUCUCUCAUCACUAAGGUGUCAGCUGGAUCACCUGAGUCUGUCUGGUCUUUGGAGAUGUCGGAUCCAAGGAGAGGAGUUAGCAGACUCUUCUUCAGUCCAUGUAAAGACCAUCUUAGAAGCUGAGCUCUGUCCGGGAGGCCCAGGUAGAGCGGCUGGAGGCAGCAAGACCUCGCAGGCCGGGGUGCAGGGAGCGGGGCCCCGUGCUGAGGAUGGCCAGGCAGCAGCCGCCGCCCUGGGUCCACACAGCCAUCCUGCUCUGCCUCCUUAGCCUCACUGGGGCCAUCGAGAUUCCUAUGGAUCCAAGCAUUCAGAAUGAGCUAUCCCAGCCCCCAACCAUCACCAAGCAGUCAGUGAAGGACCACAUCGUGGAUCCCCGCGAUAACAUCUUGAUUGAGUGUGAAGCAAAGGGGAACCCUGCCCCCAGCUUCCACUGGACUCGAAACAGCAGGUUCUUCAACAUCGCCAAGGACCCCCGGGUGUCAAUGAGGAGGCGAUCUGGGACCCUGGUGAUCGACUUCCGCAGUGGGGGGCGGCCCGAAGAAUAUGAGGGGGAAUACCAGUGCUUUGCCCGCAACAAAUUUGGCACAGCCCUAUCCAAUAGGAUCCGUCUGCAGGUGUCCAAGUCUCCCCUGUGGCCCAAGGAAAACCUAGACCCUGUCGUGGUUCAAGAAGGCGCUCCCUUGACGCUCCAGUGCAACCCCCCGCCCGGACUUCCAUCCCCAGUCAUCUUCUGGAUGAGCAGCUCCAUGGAGCCCAUCACCCAAGACAAGCGCGUCUCUCAGGGCCAUAAUGGCGACCUGUAUUUCUCUAACGUGAUGCUGCAGGACAUGCAGACAGACUACAGCUGCAACGCGCGCUUCCACUUUACGCACACCAUCCAGCAGAAGAAUGCCUUCACCCUCAAGGUCCUCACCAACAACCCCUAUAAUGACUCGUCCUUAAGAAACCACCCUGACAUGUAUAGUGCACGAGGAGUUGCAGAAAGAACACCCAGCUUCAUGUAUCCCCAGGGCACGGCGAGCAGUCAGAUGGUGCUGCGUGGCAUGGAUCUCUUGCUGGAGUGCAUCGCCUCCGGGGUCCCAACACCAGACAUCGCGUGGUACAAGAAGGGUGGGGACCUCCCCUCUGAUAAGGCCAAGUUUGAGAACUUUAACAAGGCUCUCCGUAUUACCAACGUCUCCGAGGAAGACUCUGGGGAGUAUUUCUGCCUGGCUUCCAACAAGAUGGGCAGCAUCCGGCACACGAUCUCGGUGAGAGUAAAGGCUGCUCCCUACUGGCUGGACGAACCCAAGAACCUUAUCCUGGCUCCUGGGGAGGACGGGAGACUGGUGUGUCGAGCCAAUGGGAACCCCAAGCCCACUGUCCAGUGGAUGGUAAAUGGGGAACCUCUGCAAUCGGCACCACCCAACCCAAACCGUGAGGUGGCUGGGGACACCAUCAUCUUCCGGGACACCCAGAUCAGCAGCAGGGCUGUGUACCAGUGCAACACCUCCAAUGAGCAUGGCUACCUGCUGGCCAACGCCUUCGUCAGCGUGCUCGACGUGCCGCCCCGGAUGCUGUCACCCCGGAACCAGCUCAUUAGGGUGAUCCUGUACAACCGGACACGGCUUGACUGCCCGUUCUUUGGGUCCCCCAUCCCCACACUCCGAUGGUUUAAGAACGGGCAGGGAAGUAACCUGGAUGGUGGUAACUACCACGUCUACGAGAACGGCAGCCUGGAAAUCAAGAUGAUCCGCAAAGAGGACCAAGGCAUCUACACCUGUGUCGCCACCAACAUCUUGGGCAAAGCUGAAAACCAGGUCCGCCUGGAGGUCAAAGACCCCACCAGGAUCUACCGGAUGCCUGAGGACCAGGUGGCCAAAAGGGGCACCACAGUGCAGCUGGAGUGUCGGGUGAAGCACGACCCCUCCCUGAAGCUCACAGUCUCCUGGCUGAAGGACGACGAGCCUCUCUACAUUGGAAACAGGAUGAAGAAGGAAGACGACUCCCUGACCAUCUUCGGUGUGGCCGAGCGGGACCAGGGCAGUUACACCUGCAUUGCCAGCACUGAGCUGGACCAGGACCUGGCCAAGGCCCACCUUACUGUGUUAGCUGAUCAGGCCACUCCAACUAACCGUUUGGCUGCCCUGCCCAAAGGACGGCCAGACCGACCCCGGGACCUGGAGCUCACGGACCUGGCCGAGAGGAGCGUGAGGCUGACCUGGAUCCCAGGGGAUGAUAACAACAGCCCCAUCACAGACUACGUCGUCCAGUUUGAAGAGGACCAGUUCCAGCCCGGGGUCUGGCAUGACCAUUCCAAGUUCCCGGGCAGUGUCAACUCCGCCGUCCUCCAGCUGUCCCCAUAUGUCAACUACCAGUUCCGGGUCAUUGCCGUCAACGAGGUGGGCAGCAGCCAUCCCAGCCUCCCCUCCGAGCGCUACCGGACCAGCGGGGCGCCCCCCGAGUCCAAUCCCGCCGACGUGAGGGGAGAAGGCACCAGAAAGAACAACAUGGAGAUCACGUGGACGCCCAUGAACGCCACCUCCGCCUUUGGCCCCAACCUGCGCUACAUCGUCAAGUGGCGGCGGAGAGAAACUCGAGAGACGUGGAACAACGUCACAGUAUGGGGCUCCCGCUACGUGGUGGGGCAGACCCCUGUCUAUGUGCCCUAUGAGAUCCGAGUCCAGGCCGAAAAUGACUUUGGGAAGGGCCCUGAGCCAGACACUGUCAUCGGUUACUCCGGGGAAGAUUAUCCCAGGGCUGCACCCACUGACGUUAAAAUCCGAGUCCUGAACAGCACAGCCAUCAGCCUUCAGUGGAACCGCGUCUACCCCGACACGGUGCAGGGCCAACUCAGAGAGUACCGAGCCUACUACUGGAGGGAGAGCAGCUUGCUGAAGAACCUGUGGGUGUCUCAGAAGAGGCAGCAAGCCAGCUUCCCUGGUGACCGCCCCCGGGGCGUGGUGUCCCGCCUCUUCCCCUACAGUAACUACAAGCUGGAGAUGGUUGUGGUCAAUGGGAGAGGCGACGGGCCUCGCAGUGAAACCAAGGAGUUCACCACCCCGGAAGGAGUACCCAGUGCCCCCAGGCGUUUCCGAGUCCGGCAGCCCAACCUGGAGACAAUCAACCUGGAAUGGGAUCAUCCAGAACACCCCAAUGGGAUCCUGAUUGGAUACACUCUCAAAUACGUGGCCUUUAAUGGAACCAAAUUAGGAAAGCAGAUAGUGGAAAACUUCUCUCCCAAUCAGACCAAGUUCACGGUGCGAAGAGCAGACCCCGUGUCGCGCUACCGCUUUACCCUCAGUGCCAGGACGCAGGUGGGCUCUGGGGAAGCAGUCACAGAGGAGUCACCGGCACCCCCGAACGAAGCUACUCCAACUGCAGCUCCUCCCACGUGGCCCCCGACCACGGUGGGUGCCACGGGCGCCCCCGCUGCCACCACCGAAGCCACAACAGUCCCCACCAUCCCAAGUGUCGCACCUACCACUGUGGCCACCACCACCGUCGCCACGACCACAACCACUGCCGCCGCCACCACGGAGAGGCCUCCCACCACCACCUCCGGGACUAAGAUGCCCGAAUCCGCCCCCGACAGGCAGUCCAUAUGGAACGUCACGGUGCUCCCCAACAGUAAAUGGGCCAACAUCACCUGGAAGCACAAUUUCGGGCCCGGAACUGACUUUGUGGUUGAGUACACCGACAGCAACCAUACGAAAAAAACUGUCCCUGUUAAGGCCCAGGCCCAGCCUGUACAGCUGACAGACCUCUAUCCCGGGAUGACAUACACGUUGCGCGUUUAUUCCCGGGACAACGAGGGCAUCAGCAGUACCGUCAUCACCUUUAUGACCAGUACAGCUUACACCAACAACCAGGCAGACAUCGCCACCCAGGGCUGGUUCAUUGGGCUCAUGUGUGCCAUCGCCCUCCUGGUGCUGAUCCUGCUCAUCGUCUGUUUCAUCAAGAGGAGUCGAGGUGGCAAGUACCCAGUGCGAGAAAAGAAGGAUGUUCCCCUGGGCCCCGAGGACCCCAAGGAAGAAGACGGCUCCUUUGACUACAGUGACGAGGACAACAAGCCCCUGCAGGGCAGCCAGACGUCCCUGGAUGGCACCAUCAAGCAGCAGGAGAGUGACGACAGCCUGGUGGACUAUGGCGAGGGUGGCGAGGGGCAGUUCAACGAGGACGGGUCCUUCAUCGGCCAGUACACGGUCAAAAAGGACAAGGAGGAGACAGAGGGCAACGAAAGCUCCGAGGCCACGUCGCCUGUCAACGCCAUCUAUUCUCUGGCCUAACGGAGCCCCUCCCCCCCAACCCAGGGCACAGCCACUACUCUGCAAGCGGGAGGAGGGGAGAGGGGGAGAUGAAGCCACCGCAGACCUACCACACGGCCGCCACCACCUUCAGGGACAAGCAAGGGUACAACAAGGGGGUCUGCCAAGCUGUGAGGACCAGUGACCGCCCAGCCAACCCCAAGCCGCCCCCCCCCCGCCCCGCACCCCCGGGGUGCCACCAUGUGGAAGAGCCAGAGUCCAGGCUAAGCUCAGCUGGAGGGAGCCCAGCCCUUUGCUCAGCCUCAUGACCACCUUGAGCCUUCCACCCCCACUGCCCACCCUUGACCUCGGCACACACACCAGUUUCUGUUGGUUAUGGCCCUUCGUGUUGUCUCUUCAUUUUUGCUUUGUGCAUCUUCCCCAUCCAGACCUAGCAUCUCCAUUUUCUUUUCCUUUCGAAGAAGUGUCCCUGGACAAAGAAAGAAUAGGUGGCUUCUCCCCCAGAUAGGCAAAAGGAUUGACCUGUAAAAGGACAUCGAGAAAAGCUGUCGUAUUCACACCGCCACCUGGCCAAUGUAUUUCCGAAGGAUGCCUUUCUCGCCAGAUGCCUCCCUGGGCCCCCAACCCAUGCACCUUGGCCUUGUCCGUUGCUGAGCUGGGCUUGGCUCUUUUCUGGAAAAUGGCAGGACUUUUGGCAGGAGAGAGUGGGCAGGCCUGCUUGCCUCACUCUGGUUCAGUUGGGAGGGGGGCUUACCUCUUGCUCCUUCGCUGUCACCCUGCCCCUUCCUCCAGAGUGUCCCAGACAAGAGCUGCGCCGGCUCUGAAGGAGUCUGAGGAACAGCAGCGGCCACGAUGGGAAGAGCUUCGACACCAGGGGCCAAGUACCUCAAGCCAGAAGGAAAACCGGGCGUCUGGUCCCUGGGGAGCUGUGCUCACCUCAGGAGAGAGGGAAAGGGCUGGGUUUGGACUCCCUUCCUCCCCAUCAGUGAAACCCAGGAUGUGGGAGAGAGGACCAUGCCCCCUGCCUGCAGGGGAGAGGGUGCCCCCCACCUGGUCAGGGAUCCCUGCCGCUGCCCUCACGGAGAUGGAACCAGGCGAUGCAGAAGCUUUGCUGGUGUGUUUGGGGGUAUAACGUGCUGCUCCCCCUCUCGUCUCUAGCAGAGAGCAUCUCCUCGGUCAAUUCUGUAAGACACUGAAAGUGGUGUUUUACACCCCAACCGAGUGGUUCCCCGCCCCCCCCCCCAACCGAGACCGAACCAGCGUGUCCUCUCCUUGGGGUAUUUACAUAUCAGGAGAGCCCGCGGGAACACCACGCUGACCGCGCCAGAGAGCCUGGCCUGGGGACCCCACGCCCUCCGGAUGCCUUACGCAGCUCUGACCUGGCCCUGCAGCUCCCAGUUCCCAGCCCCUGCCCGCAAGCCUCGAAGCCUCCAGCGACGUCAGUCUCGAGAGCGGGGCGGCCCCUGCAAACGUCACCGCAGAACGAGAGCAACCACUCGACGUGUGCCCUGCAUCCUCUUGCCCCAGCCCGAGACCCUGGCUGACUGCAGUUCUCCGAGACCGAAGGCACAGCCUUCAUCCUCCCCACCUCAUCCGUUUCUGAAACCAAAGGUACCUAGCCCCAGAGAGAGAUCUUGAGCCUGAGAGCAAGCCGGUAGCUGUCGCUACAGCUAGAGUCGAUUUCGGGAGGGUAAAGCUGACCCCCAGCGAUGGCCUGCCUGCCACGGGCACAGCCUCUGAUUCGAGCCUCCAGCUGCUUGCAGGGUGGCCUGGGCAGGAACGGGGCUCUGUCCUUCAGAGGCUCGAUUAAAGCAUCGUUUGCCACACGUUUUAAACCACAAAGGUAUUAGCAAUGCUUGCAUCACUUAGUAAUCAGUCAUUUGAAGGUCAAGCCCGUAGACACAUGCACUCUGUCUGCAGGUAAGAAACCAUAGCCCAGAGCUGAGCCAAUUAUGUUGUUUGAACCUGAGAGCAGGUAACAGGCCUUUGGCCCCAGCCAUGGCCAGCCUUGCGGCCCAGAAGCCCGAGGGGCAGUUCUCUCAUGGUGAAAGGGGACAGGGUGAAUAACAGGGGGCUAGGAGUGGGCUCAGGGGUCCCCUCCCCUGGCUUUCCUCUGACACCUGCCUGCAUACAGCGGGGCAUUCCUGCACCCAAGCCCAGCGUCCCUCAAGGGAAUGUCAGGGAAGUGUGCCUGUGCACUGAAUUAAAGGACCAGCCUUUCCAGAAAACACUCUGGAUCUGAGCAGAGCAGUCUCGGGCCUCUCACUCCAUGGGACAUCCCACACACUAGUGAGCUCAGUGUACCGCAGACAGGUUCAUAGGGUGAGGGGACUGUGUGCUGUCACAGUGCCCGUCCGCCUGCCGCGCAGCCAAGGACCGCAGGAGGGCUUCUGCCUGCGCAGGGUCUGGGGGAGGGAGGGUCCCUCAGCCCGGCUGCUCCUCGUGUGUGUCCUGCCGGCUCUGAGCCACAGCUGCCCUCGGCAGCCACGAGGAGAGGCGCUGCCCGCGCCACACACCUCCCAGCCCUUGUGGCAGGCAGGCGCCACCCUGAGCCUGGAGAAGCAGUCUUCCUCAAGCAGAGAUGCUUAGAGAGGUGUGUGGCUGGCAGGGUUCGAGAGCAGCCCUUCCAGGAAGAGGAUGUCCAUUUUCCAUGGGCCCAUGCCAGAGCCCAGCCCGCGUAGCCGGAAAGCCGUAUUGGCCCACACCGCCCGGCCAGCUGGGGCGCCCAAGCAGCCCCCCGAAAACCUACCAACCGUGGAGCCAGGAGAUGGGACACCACUGGUGCUUCCACCUGCCUGGCUGUUGGGGGGGCAUCUUGCAGUGACCCCAGAAGCCCCAUUGCCUGUGCUGCAGGCCCAGCUGCUGUGCUCGGCCACCAGGCUGUGGGCUCAGGAGACACUCUUGAACUUCUAGAGUGAGCCGGGCUCUGAGCCACAGUCAUGCGUGGCCCCCGCCCUCCCAGGGCUCACAGGCCUGGAGCUGAGGCUCAGGACACAGAGGACAUUGGUUGGGAGCACCCUGAGUGCUUAAGCCACCGAUGGCUCCAGGUUCAAAGGGAGAUGCUUCGGCGAGAGCACAUGGUCCACAAGGCUGAGCAAGACGGGGCAGUCAGAGGCUGCCGGGUGGGGUCAAGGACAAGUCCUGCUUCCUGAGCCUCUUUGCUCUGCCCCUUGGGGCAAGUUGCUUAACCUGUCUGUAUGUUGGUGCCCCCGUCUCCGCUGUGUCAUCCAUCCUUUGAAUACCUCCCCCCACAGAGGGGCAGGGGCCCACCUGAAGGAGCAGGAAGGCCAGCGUGUAAGGAGUAGAAUGCUGCAGGGCCAGGGGACAGCUGCCUCCCACCUUGCCUGGCUUUUGGUGGAGGGGACCCAUCUUUCCUUACCUUGCUACUGAAGAGAUGGUUGACGUUCAGUUGAAGGGAAAACCAGACUAGCUCUUUCCCUUGUCCAUUGCCUUGACCCUGGGAGGUGGGAGGCAUCUGGCCCACCCCUUCCUGGCAAGUCCCAAGGUCUGAAGAAGUGUCCACCUGUCCAAGAGGCAGCCAGUGCCACCCCUGCUCACCCUGCAAGGGGUAUCUGCAACCUGGGCCAGAUACUGCGUCCAUAGCUUUCCUGAACACAGCCUUCGGGGAGGGCUGAGGACACAUGGGUUUUCCAGCUAAGGGGCUGCCUCCCCCGCCCACACCUAGCACCCACGCACAGGCCAACCCACACAGUAGGGCAGCACUUUCAGGGGCAACAGUACGGAUUAUGACAUCUUAGGGUGAGUUCACACCCUAACCUGCCUGAGACGAGAUGUGAAGGGCUGCAUGGGGUGCAGUGUGCAGCUCGGGGCAAGGGGGGAAGAGGCUGCCCAGGUUGGACCCCAUUUGAGUGAUUCCUGCAGGCAGAACUGAGAGAGAAAGAAAGUCUGAUCCAAAGGAGAGGGAAGCUUCCCCGGGAACAGCGCGGGGCAGAGGUUCUUUAAGGAUCCUGGGGCCCUUUGCAGGAUCUGAGCCAAGCCACAGAGAGUCACAGACAGCCCAUGGGACGGAAGCAGUGGGAAUUUCAAACACUUUGCCUCAGUCUUAGCAAGGCUGCUUCACUAACACUGAGGCAGGGAGGCUCCCCCAGCUCUCAGGGGGUGGGCAGCAGGUUCCUCGGAUGCUGGCACAGGGCGUGCUGCCCAUUUGUGACACCUUGGUCACCACUCCUACAGCCCCUGCCAAACACACACACAUCUGCUAGGAAGAAAUCACCUGGCGGAUCCUGGUCGAGCUUUGCAUGGUGGCUUAGGAGUAGCACGUAGGAGGGCCCUGAUUUAAAAAAAAAAAAAAAAAAAUCGGAGGAGACAAACGAAUGAGACAAAAAUCUUGAAAUGCCAGGAGGAGACAGUGCCCCAGGCAGAGCCAACUCCGGGCAGUCCCGUCCCCUAAACCAGGCGGGGGCCGGUCCUUGGGAGUUCGAACCAACCUUGCCGCCGUCGCCAGCAGGCCCAGCCCAAGCCCGGGCAGCGCCCUGCCUUCUCCCCCCUGUUGAGAAGAGCCUUCCUGAGACAGGUUCAGAGCAGGAUCGGAGAGAUGGGACAACCACCCGGGGGAGCCACGAGACCCCGCCGAGCCGUGUCUUGUGCCGCACCCCUAACCAGCGCACCUCUAUCAACAUAGUAUUAAACAGAAGUCCUGUGACGCUAAGGCUGGAAACGAGCUCCGUCCCAGGGUGCGUUGCUUUGGAUAGCCUCAGACUGCAGCACGCAGAGGAAUCACAGAGCUGAUCUCAUAGACAGGACUCUUAGUGCAGACGAGGACACUAAAAUCCACAGAGGGGAAGGGACUUGCCCGAGGUCCCUCGGCUGGUAAAUCAGGGGGAGGUGAGGGCUUGAACCCGGGCCUUCUGAGUCCUUAUCUAGGGUUCUCCACCUGCCCGCAGGGGCCUCCUUAGAAAUAGAGGUGUAACUUCACAUCUGUCUGUACCUCUUAUCACUUCUCCCCCAUCCUCCGUACGCCUCCCAAAAUGAAAAUCACAAAGGAUUUUUCGGAGGCCAAGACCGGGCCGUCUGCGGCAGCCCACGGGGAAGCCAGCCUCGCGGGGAAGACCCGGGCCAGGAGAGAGUGACGAGCUGACUGGUGUUUGUCACUGUGAAGUCUCGACUGUACUCUGGAGUGGCGUCUCUCGUUUCGUGAUACUUGGGGCCCCCAGCAGGCUGCGUCCCUCGGGCCCUCAGCCAUGGAGGCUCGGCCACCCCAGGGCUCACUGGGCUGGAGUUCAGCACACGUGAAGAGUUCAGUGAAGCAAUAAACACAAAAAUCUGGGAGAAGAAAUCCAGAAUUUUGUGCCCUACUCUGUUUCUUUUUCAAAAAACGAUGCCGAUCGGAUGACCCUGCCCCUGUUUUUUUUUUUUUUUUGAUCCCCCCAAUUGGACAUCCUCAGUCAGUGUUGUCCCUCUGCCCAGCUCCCAGCUCUUUGCCAACUUCACCCUCCUCCUGGGCUGAGCAUCAGUCGCCUGUGACAUGGCCGCCUUCUGUCCCGGUCCCACCUCCAGCUCACCCUGGCCCGAGAGGACCUCUCGCCCUGCCUCCCCCCACCAGCACCCCUUUCCCCUACACACACACACACACACACACACACACACACACACACACACACACACACACACCGUGCCGCAUUAUUUCUUCCCGGGGGGGGGGGUUAUUUUUUCCCCGACCUCUCCAUGCCUUCCUGCACACCCACAUACCUACAGAGUGGUCUGAUCUUUUUUCCAUUGGUUAAAGAUUUAACUCUCCAUGGCAGACCUUGUUUUAACCCCUCUCACAUCAUGUUCUUUCCUCUUUGCGAGUUAUUUUGCAUUAACCAACCUUGUCAGCGACAGAUGCGGAUCUGAGGGUGUCACACACGACCUUCAGCAGGGAAGACUUCCGGGCCGCGGAGGACCAUCUAAUACAUGGACUUAUAAACUGACUGCAUGAGCAAUGAAAAGGCCAAAUUAUUCAGAAUUUUUUUUUUUUUGGAAUCACUGUAAAAAAAAAAAACUGAUUUCUUUUGUAUAGAGAACACUAAACGUAUAAUAAAAGUUGUUCAA